GGCAAAGGGGGUUUUCUUAAUCAGACUGUUUUUUGGUUCGAGGGAAAGGAGGAAGAAGGAGAUUGUGAUGGAGAAAGGGGGUCUGUAAAACGUCAGGCACGGCACAAAGGCUUUGCCACGUAAUUACAGGCUCCUAUUAAGUCGAGAUCUGCCCUCCCAGGGGUCUCCAAUUUUCUUGUAUUCCCUACAAAGCCUCCUCUGCAUGCCAGUUUGUGCCUUUUGAAGUGCCAGAGAGCUUCUUGAUCCAACUGAGAAGGAAAAAGGAGCUCAGCAAGAAGAGGGGGAGAGAGAGAAGGGAAAGGGGGGAACCCGCCACCACCCUCCUUUGGACUCGUGAAGCCCUAUUUUUUUUUAAUUUUUAAUUUUUUUUUUUUUUACUCCUUACCAAAAGUAAAGUGAGAAUCCUGCUCUCUAAUACAUCUGCAAGACAUCACCCUCUCCUCCUGAAACUUCAGUCACUCCUGAGAAUCCACAGGAGUGCAGAGAGGGGGGAACACGUUUUCUUGAAGAUGUUUUAAAGCUGGAACAAGCCUUCUUCUGUUGGUGCUUGAACUCUUGCCUGGGAAUAACUUUUUUAACCUUUAAGAAAAAACCCACUUUGAUUCUUCUCUCCCACCCCUCUUCUCUCUUCUUCUGUUUGCCUAACUCCCCCGCCCUGCUGGCCUCCCCUUUCCUCUCUCUCCCUUAUUAUUAUUUUUAGUGUGCGCGUGCGGACGCUUUUGGAGAGUUAGAAGGGAUUUUUUUUCUCCUGACUUGAACAUAAGGUGACUUUUUAAUUUUCCUUUUUGGUGUGGAUUAUCUCUUUGGACCGCGCCGGACUUGGCCUCAGGAAAGCAACCCAGGCUGUGGAAGGCGGCUGGUGCAGAACGCUCUGCUCUGCAAAAGGGGGUCCCCCGCCCUCUUUUCCACUUUUUUUUUUCUUGGCCUUCCUCUCUUUCCCUCCCUCUUUUUCUCUCUCCCUCUCUCCGACUCUCUCUCUCCACUCCCCCCUCUUUCUUCCCCACUCUGCUUCUCUCCCCCCUCGCGCCCACAGCGUUUGGUGUUGAUUCGAGCGGGAAGAGGGGGGUGGGUGGGAUCGGAGGGGGAGACCAUGACCUCCAGCUACGGGCACGUUCUGGAGCGGCAACCGGCGCUGGGCGGCCGCUUGGACAGCCCGGGCAACCUCGACACCCUGCAGGCGAAAAAGAACUUCUCCGUCAGUCACCUGCUAGACCUGGAGGAAGCCGGGGACAUGGUGGCAGCACAGGCGGACGAGAGCGUAGGCGAGGCGGGCCGGAGCCUGCUGGAGUCGCCGGGACUCACUAGCGGCAGUGACACUCCGCAGCAGGACAAUGAUCAGCUGAACUCAGAGGAAAAGAAGAAGAGAAAGCAGCGGAGGAACAGGACGACCUUCAAUAGCAGCCAGCUGCAGGCUCUGGAGCGCGUUUUUGAGAGGACACACUACCCUGACGCUUUCGUGCGAGAAGACCUCGCCCGCCGGGUGAACCUUACCGAGGCCAGAGUGCAGGUGUGGUUUCAGAACCGCAGAGCCAAGUUCCGCAGGAAUGAGAGAGCCAUGCUGGCCAAUAAGAACGCUUCCCUCCUCAAGUCCUACUCAGGAGACGUGACUGCUGUGGAGCAGCCCAUUGUCCCUCGUCCCGCUCCAAGACCCACCGACUAUCUCUCCUGGGGGACAGCCUCUCCGUACAGCGCCAUGGCCACUUACUCUGCCACAUGUGCCAACAAUAGCCCUGCACAGGGCAUCAGCAUGGCCAACAGCAUUGCCAACCUGAGACUGAAAGCCAAGGAGUAUAGUUUACAGAGGAACCAGGUGCCAACAGUCAACUGAGGAAAAA